CCUCGCCGUGGCCUCACUGCCCGACCCGCCACCUCCCAUCUCGCCGGUCUCGUGCGUUAGCACGGGUGGCUACUUUGUCUUUCAUUAACUGGUAGUUGCCCACGGCGUUCUCGACGGCGUACGAGAGCGUGUUUUACGAGUGCCACUAUGAAGAUGCUAUGCGCCGUCGUCUCGGUGGUGCUGGCUGCGUCUGCCACGGGACUGGAUGUCUUCUGGAACGUGCCGACUGAUGAGUGCCCUCCGAACGUCAAGUUCAAUCUGGCCGAGUUCGGCAUCACCCAGAAUAGCGGCGACCGCUUCAAGGGGGACAAGUUCAACAUCCUCUACAGCCCGGGCAUGUUCCCGCGCGUGCUUAAGUCGGGCCAAGGGGUGAACGGCGGAAUACCACAGAGGGGCAGCUUGGAGAAGCACCUGUUCCACCUGCGGAACGACAUCGAGGAUAACAUCGCGCCAGACUACACCGGACCGGCUGUGAUCGACUUUGAGGAGUGGCAGACGACGCUGAGAAGCAGCGGAGUUCUCAAGUACAGGAAGAUGUCCAAGGAGUAUCAUCGCCUGCAAACCAAGCUGGGCGCCAUACCACACCUCGACAACGUUACGGCGGAGGCGCUAUUCGAGCGCGCCAGCCGGCCGUUCCUGGAGCGGACCCUGCAGGUGGCGCGCGAGCUGCGUCCGGACGCCCUCUGGGGGUACUACCACUACCCCUACUGCAAGAAUUACCAACCGCACGUCGACUACUGCGCUCCGGCCAUCAGCGCGGACAAUGACAGAUCACAGUGGAUCUAUAACAACUCGGUGGCGCUGUACCCAUCCGUCUAUCUCCUGAAGCACAACUAUACAUCAUGGGACAAAAACGUGCAGACCCGGGUGAUCCUGGAGGAGACGGACCGUUUGGCAACCAAGGCAGGUGGCCGCCCCGUCUACCCUUACACCUGGUUCGGUUACCACGAGGUCGUCAACGACUACCUCUCGCCCGGAGACCUGCUGGCCACCAUAGGCCAGGUGGUGACGCGCCAGCCGGCCGGCCUCAUCAUCUGGGGCGGCAGCAGCAACGUCAACAGCUCCCGUCUCUGCCGCCAGCUGCGAGACUACGUGACGUUCCGCCUGGGACCGUUUAUCCGCUGGAUGCUGAGCCGCACGGAGCGCCAGCUGCGGACGCUC